GUUUAUUGAUCAUUCCUUGCCAAUGAAUAAAUGAAGUAGCACAAAACAACGAGACUGUUAGUAGAAUACAUGCAUCAUUAUGGCUCUUUAAGCUGUUAUGGCUGGAGCGCCACUAUUCAAUUCAGACCAGUCGGUCUGUCAAGCAGCGUGGUGGCACGCCCACCGCAAGCACCUUAACGUGACACUGCUGCGGGUGAUCAUGAAGACCAAUGAAAGACGGGACAGAAAGAAAGACACCACGCUCUCGGGGGCCUUAAACUUGCGCCUCUAACUUAACUGUCUUUGGGCAUCAGCGUCUAGGUGACCCAGUGUCCGGGAGUCUUUUCUCUCACCCAAAACAAGAUAUCCAAAAAUGGCCAAGCGUAAGAACAAAAAUGGAAUUAAGCAACAGGACGAUGCCGCUUUCUUGCUUGAGUCGCCUGUGCCACAAUCGCGGGGGAUAGGCGAAUAUAUGCUCCCUGGCUUGUUGUUCCUAAUCUUUGUCAUUGGAGGAUUCACCGUUGGCUGUUUCAGUCUUCAACAACAAUCCACCAUCGACCAGCUAACAGAAUCGUACACAGCAAUGCAGAUGAAGAUCAGUCAAUGCCAGCAGGUGAUGGGGAUACAUGACGCACAGGUGAGCCCAGGGGAGGGGGUGGAGGAGAGGAUACUGGCCCUGGAAGAGGCACAGAAACGGUCUCAGAGGAGCGCAGAAGACGUCCUGGAGACCUCUGAGCUGCUGAAGAACUCCGACCUCUCCUCACAGGUGUGGGCUCUCCACGCCGACAUGGACAACAAGCUCUCCCAGCUGCAACAGACCGCCGUCUCCGCGGCAACCCUGCAGACCGCCAUCAAGAACAAGAGCGAGGAGUUUGAGGCGGUGAAAGAGACGGUGGCGUCCAUGUUGAGCUCCAGCUCUGCGGUGGCAGUCAGCGUGGCGGGCCUGGGCAGCAGGGUGGAGGGGGUGGGCUCUGAGGUGGAGGCCCAGGGGGCGCUGGUGCACAGCCUGGUCUCCAGGAUGGACGAGCAGGUCAGAGAGCUGGGGGAGCUCAGUGUGUCUCUGGGUCUGCACAAGGUGGCGCUGGAGGCUAACAGCCAGCAGGUUGGUGAGAUCAGGGAGUUGCUGGUGGCUGAGCAGGCCAGGAGGACCCUGGCUCUGGAGCAGCAGCUGCAGUCGGUGGUUCUGACCCUGGAUGAGCAGCUGCAGAGCUCCCAGAACCUCCACUCCAGCCUCCGGGCCCAGCUGCAGGCUGUCCACAGCCAGAUUACGAAUGGAGGUCAAGUCAGAGCAGCACCAGGAAUCCAACUUGAAGUUGAGGAAAUCUUUCCAGUCUCAGAGGAGGAGCAGGGAUCAGUCAGCCAGGAGGAAGAGGUGAAGGAGGAGGAGGAAUCUGUUAGCCAGGGGGAGGAGGGGGAGGAGGAGGAGGAGGAGGAGGAGGAGGAGGAAUCAGUUAGCCAGGAGGAGGAGGAGGAGGAGGGGGAAGAGGAAGAGGAGGAGGAAUCAGUUAGCCAGGGGGAGGAGGAGGAGGAAUCAGUUAGCCAGGGGGAGGAGGAGGAGGAAUCAGUUAGCCAGGGGGAGGAGGAAGAGGAGGAGGAAUCAGUUAGCCAGGGAGAGGAGGAGGAGGAGGAGGAGGAGGAGGAGGAGGAGGAGGAGGAGGAGGAGGAGGAGGAGGAGGAGGAGGAAUCAGUUAGCCAGGGGGAUGAGGAGGAGGAGGAGGAGGGAUCAGUGAGCCAGGGCGAGGAGGAGCAGGAAUCAGUGAGCCAGAGAGAGGAGGAGGAGGAGGAGAAGGAAGAAGUCAUAGAGGAGGAGGAGCCUGCUGAGCUGCAGGCAGAAACCGAAGAAGAAGAAAUCCUAGAAGAAGCAGAGUCUGUGGAGCAGCUACAGGACCAGGAAGUGGACCAGGAAGUUGCAGAUCAGCAGGAUACUAAACUGUCUUCGGAAGAGCUUGAGGAGGAGGCGCUGAAGGAGGAGGUGUUAGAUGAGGAGCAAGACAUGGAGGAGGAGGAAGUGAUAAAGGAAGAGGACUUUGUGGAGGACGAGGCUUCAGAGGAGGAGGUGACAGAGGAGGUGGAAGAGGAGGUGAAAGAGGUGGAUAUUGAACCACGAGAAGUUGUCCCAACUGAGGAAGAGGACGAUUUUUCUGAGUUUGAUGAGGAGUUUUCUUAGACACGCUGGCAUGUGGUCGGUCUUGAUCAGUCAUUGUGGUGUUUGAUACUUCAGUGUAAUGCCAGAUAUGAAACAGAUCACAUAUUCUUAAAAUAGUGAUUUGUUAUGAACCUGUUAAAAAACAUGGCAUCCGGGACACUACCUUCUCUGUAAUAAGACAUAAACAAACGUUUCCCAGGUAACCCAAAACCAUGGCAACUGGCAUUCAUUCGUUAUGUCUCUCAACUUCCUCUUGUGAGAAGGUUGUUUGAAGUGGAGAGAUUCUGGGACAGGAGUGGUUGGCCGGUUUAUGGAGAAACUAGCUGGUCACAAAACGAAAAAAAGAUUUACGACUCAGUUGUGUAUUUUGUGAGUAAAUCAUGAAUGCAAACAUCAGGAUGAGUUGAAAUAACCGUCAACAUCAUUUCAUAGAGCUACACUCUGUAGAAUGUGUAUGAACAACUAUGAUGACUGUGAUUAACAAGUGCCUAUAUUAUCUGCAAGAAAAGUGCAACUUGGAUUUCAAAACAUAGUGCGUCAGAAGGGUUUUUAAACAAUAAAUUCCUACAUUU